CUACCCUAAGCCAACACAGCAAGAGGCGGCUAUUUUGCAAUUAAGGAGUAGUCCCGCAACGCAUUUGUAUUUCUGAUAUGUUCUUAGGUUUCUUGGUCAUAGACUAGUAGAAGUUAGACACAAGGGAAAGAAGUAGAUACAAGGCACGGAACAUCUAAUUACACAGCAAUGUGAUUGCAGCUGAUGUAAACCUACUUCUAAUAAGUCAAAACAGUUUAUUGUUGGAGAGACAGCAGAUUGCAGGACAGCCUCAGGGACAACAACAGAACAUCUUACAACGAGGACAGCAACAUCAGCAGCAGGAAGCGCAUGCGUCGAAACAGGGAAAGCAACAGCAUGAGCAGACUCAAUGGCCGCAGCGGCAGCAGCAGCAACAACAGGCGCAUGUCAAUGCGCAAAACCAACAAAGCUCGCAUGCGUAUCCUGUGCACGAACAACGGCAAAAAAAGUAUGCGAGUGAACUGCAACUACAAGACUAUUAUACUGCACAGCAGCAGGCACGGCAUCAGCUGAUUGAACCUCAAACACCCCACGGGGGAGCCCUUCUCAAGAACCGCCUCCCAGAGGCGCGAAUCGUGUAUGCUCCACAACAAGCUGAGGACGCACGGCAACAACAGGCGGAGCAGGCACGUUUGCAGCAGGUCGAACAGGCACGUCUGCAGCAGGUCGAGCAAUCCCGCCUACAGAAAAUCGAGCAGGCACGUUUGCAGCAGGUCGAACAGGCACGUCUGCAGCAGGUCGAGCAAUCGCGCCUACAGAAACUCGAGCAGGCACGGCAACAACAGGUGGAGCAGGCACGUCUGCAGCAGCUUGAGCGGGCACGCCAAGUGGAGCAGGCACGGCAACAGCAUGCAGAGAUGAAGGCGCGGAAAAAGCAAGAACAAGAGCAGCAACUCGCGACACCGGUGCCGCUGAAUCAGGUAGCACCAAACGAGUCCUUUAACAAAGGACUAAUGCUGAAUCCGUCUACUUCACUGGAAAAUUCAUUCCAACAGCAACAACAGGAGCUUACCAACUCUGGUAGACGCGAGGUCUUCACGAGUCCGCACGUCACGCCGGGAGAGGUCCUGACGAGUCCGCAAGUCACGCCCGCCCCUCGGCCUCCACCAUCCGUAGCGCACCUUGAACCUCUUCGGAAGCACGUUUCUAGCGGUCGCAUUGCUCACUACGCACGGCAACUGGGAUUCUACCAUACGCCGUCACAGCACAUGCACCCAUCUCAGAUGUUAAGGCUAGUAACUGCGUACGUAUCACCUUAAUUUUCUAUUUGAUUUUGACCUCAAAGUUUAGGCCUGGUGUCCUCUCUUCCUCGUUUCUAUCACAGUAAAUGUUAAAUGGUUGUUUCCCGCGAGAAAGGCUCUAAAGAUAUCACGUGACGACAUGACGUGGCCAAACGACAUGGACAGUUCGCUGUUUCAACAGUCUGAGGCAAACAGACAAGGACUGCCAGUCGUACAGAGUCCUGAUGCAGCACAACACAGUCUAGGUGGUUCACUUAAGGCUUGUGUUUUUUUUUGUUCAUUAUCUCCACUAUGUACUAUACAGAUCUUUUUUGAAGAGAAGUUGAAGUACUCAUUGGGCCUUGCACGUAAGGGGAAAAUUAAACCUUAUUCUGGAAGAAUGAAAUGGAUGCGAAAGGAUACUAUAGCUCCUACUUUGCUGAGAUGGAUAAACGAAAUUAACACAUAGCGCUAAUUCAGCCCAUUCAGCACGACAGGAGGAGUCGGAGUUUCUACUCGCGAACAAGUAUCAUGAAGCGAAUAUGGUGAGAAAUUUGGCCCAUCCGCACCAUGAUACGGAUGCCAGUAGUGCUCUCCCUUUUAUGGCGCCACAACAACAGCUUCCGUAUCCAUAUGAACAUCCGUACUACCCGCAGCACCUGCAGCACUACCAACAGCAGCAAGUGGCACCUCAUAACCAACAGCAGCAGUUACAGAUGCACGGGAUGCAGCAUGCAGCUUCCGUAAGUAUGCCCCUACCGGGAAUGCAGCACUCUCAAAUGCCAACAUCUCAAAUGGUACAAGAACCUCCUGGGCCAAUAAUGAGCGAUUUCCACGCAGUCUCGCUUGGCCGGGAAGAUGCACCAUCACCGCCGAAGGAAGAUGCUCUUCCAGACGAUCGUGUUGAUCAGGUGGAUUGCAGCGCCUCUCCUUGUGGUGGUGAGAUGAAUGACGCUGAAUCGCCUGUGACAAUUUCUACAAUGCCUACAGAAGACCUCCGCACAAGGAAAACAAGGAUAAACAGCACGCUUCGAUCGCCUGUGACAAUUUCUACAGUGCCUGGCGGAGAAGACCUCCACACAAGGAAAACAAGGAUAAACAGCACGAUUCGUCUGGAAAACCACGACAACGCCUUCUACAACAUGCCUCCUUGCUACAGUAGUAGGGAUCAUCGGGAGGUAGUCGUGUCAUCGGACUGCAGCCAGGGAUACAAAUAUGAAUAUCCUGAGCUACAUCUUCAAGAUGUAAUUGGGCUAGUGCCUUCUCAAGCUCUUGGUCGAGGUGUGUCUGAUGCCCGCGGGUGGUCUGGUGCUACUCCCUAUAACCCGUUGCACCAAGAAAGUGGUCUGGAAAAAGCAAGUGGAGCUGCGCCAUCCACUUCAAGUAUGCAACAAAGCGGCAAAGAUUUUAAUGCUUCACGGCAAGCAAGCAGAAACGCUGCAGCGUUUGGAGGUAUCCGUACAAUUCUACAACCUAGUAGCGAUGAUGAUGAGUCUUCAUUGUGGUCAGUUUUUCUUCGUCUCUCUCAGCAUCAACAUCUUGGUACAACCCUUUUCCGAUGA